AUGUCCGACAAACCGCCCAAGUCGACGGGCGCUGGGCAGCGACUCACCCCCAACUUCACUGGCCUCGACUAUGCCAAGUUCUUUUCGGCCGGCGCGCUGUGCUGCACGAUCUCGCAUGGUGCAAUGACCCCUAUCGAUGUCAUUAAAACCCGAAUCCAGAUUGACCCGACCCUCAAAGGCAACUCUCUCGUCACCGCCGGUCGCAAGAUUGUUGCUGCAGAAGGCCCACAAGGCUUACUGACGGGGUUCGGUCCAACCGCAGUGGGCUACCUUCUCCAAGGUGGCGCCAAGUUUGCGGGUUAUGAGGCUUGUAAAAAAUGGCUUGUGGACCUCUCAGGCUCGCAUGAAAAUGCUGUCGCGAACCGUACUGCUAUUUACCUUGGAGGCGCUGCCAUUGCGGAAUUCUUUGCCGACAUUCUUCUCACCCCUGCCGAGGCGACCCGUAUCCGCCUUGUUGCCAACCCUCAGUACGCUCCCGGCUUUGUUAGCGCCUUCACAAAGAUUCUGCGCACCGAGGGUGUUGGAUCCCUUUACGCUGGCUUCAUCCCCAUUCUCUUCAAGCAGGUUCCUUACGCCAUCGGACAGUUCACCGUUAAUGAGCGUGCUACCGAGUUCUUCUACAGCCGCAUGAGCCCUGAAACGAAGGCAAACCUCACAGCUUCCCAGAGCUUUGGCAUCACUCUCACGUCUGGUGUCAUUGCUGGUUUCGCUGCUGCCAUUCUCAGUCACCCUGCCGACACCCUCCUCUCCCAGAUCAACAAAGGUCACGGCCCCGAGGGCACGAUGAUGCACCGUCUUUAUGUUUUGGCCAAGCAGGCCGGUGUUCGCGGGCUCUUUGCUGGUCUCGGACCCAGGAUGAUCAUGACGGCUGGCCUUGUCAGUUCGCAGUUCAUCAUGUACAAGUACAUCAAGGCGGCUCUCCAUGCGCCCCCCGGUAUCGAGAUCCACAAGGAGGCCUAG